UAAAGGAGCUGCCGCGGCGGUAUUUAAGAGAGCAGCCGAGGAGAAGCUCAGACAAGGACGAAGCGCAGCGAUUUCAGCACCAGCGCCACCGGACAGCGACACGUAGCCCCACAACCACUUAACUUUUUUCCACCAUGGUUCUCAUCUGGACUCAGUUCGGCGUGAAGCACAAAAAUGUCAAUGUCAAGUGCAAAGUGCGAGUCAUGCACAGGGGAGACAGCUCCGGAUCAUCGUCUUCGGCGGAGAGCGUCAAGUCGGAGCCGGACACGCCCUGUCUGUCCAUCAAACCCGCAGGCAAGGACUUCUACAAAGUCCUCGGCGUCACCCCUGAAUCCAAUGAAGACGAGAUCAAGAAGGCCUACAGGAAGAUGGCUCUCAAGUUCCACCCGGACAAGAACAGCGAUGCCGACGCGGAGGACAAGUUCAAGGAGAUCGCGGAGGCCUACGAGAUCUUGACCGACCCCAAGAAGAGGGUCAUAUACGACCAGUUUGGAGAAGAAGGCCUUAAAAACGGGAUGUCACUGGUGAACCAGGGCAACAUAUUCCGCAACAACUUCCACAGCGACCCCCACAACACCUUCUCGUCCUCAUUCCACGGCUCCGACCACUUCGACAUCUACUUCGGCAGCGACUUUGACAGCGACGAGGACCUCUUCAACCCCUUCAGGAAGUUCACCUUCAGGGACAUGGGCGGGUCCGCCGGCCACGAGGGCGGCCUGAGGAGAGGCCAGCGGCGGCUGCAGGGCGACGCCGUGGUGCACGACCUGCUGGUGACCCUGGAGGAGGUGAUGCACGGCUGCACGAAGCACGUGAAGAUCACCCGCAGCCGGCUCAACUCGGACGGCCGCAGCCUGCGGUCCGAGGAGAAGGUGCUGAACGUGGUGGUGAAGAAGGGCUGGAAGGCAGGGACGAAGAUCACCUUCCCCAGGGAGGGCGACGAGACGCCCAACAACACCCCGGCGGACAUCACCUUCAUCCUCAGGGACAAGGAGCAUCCUCAGUACAGAAGAGAGGGCUCCAACCUCGUCUACACGGCCAAGAUCACCCUUAAAGAGGCUCUUUGUGGCUUCACAGUUAACGUCCCAACACUUGACAACCGGAUGAUGCCUCUGCCGUGCAGCGACGUCAUCAAACCCGGCGCCAUCCGGCGGCUGAGGGGCGAGGGUCUGCCCAUGCCCAAGAGCCCGAGCCAGCGCGGCGACUUGGUGGUGGAGUUCCAGGUGCUCUUCCCCGACAGGAUCCCACCACAGUCCCGGGAGAUCAUCAAGCACAGCCUGGCCCAGUGCUAGCCUGCUUCAUUCCUCAGCUUCACCGCGCGUGUGUGUGUGUUACGCUCUUAGAAAUUCACAAACACGGCCUUGCCCGAGGUGCUAAUAUCACAACCAACCACAGCCUCUUUCGGGUGUUUGGGUGAUGGCAAGCAUCGCUGUAUAAGUGAGUUGUAGUCCAGACGGGACUGGAGGAGGUUUUCUGUGUGCGUUCGGCGCGACGAUGCACAACAGCCGAGUUCGGAACUGGUGAAUGGGGUCUUUGGUAUCUGAGGGCGUCCAUUGACUCAACAGCCUUUCUCUUGAGUGAAAAGCUUACCUGUACUGUUAUACUUGCAAACCUAUAUGGCAGGAUAUCAGUGUGCUAUUCGAGUCUGUAUAGACUUCCUUAAGCCUGAAUGGAAACAUGUGAAGAAAAAAAAAAUACAUAUUACUAUAGUUAUAUGGUGUUCAUAUGACUGAUCUUUUGCAUUGAUUUAUUACAAUAGCGAAAUGUACUUGUGUACAACGAUCUACUUUGUGUGCAAAAUGCAAAACAACAUUGUCUCUAAGAGAGAUUCAUCUGUCAAAUGUUCUAUUGAAUUAUUUGAAAUGUUUGUAUUUACUCUGCAAUGAGCCACCUGGUGUAUUAUUAUUAUUAUUAUUACAAUUAUUACUAUUAUUACCUGAUAUAUUUGAAAGCAUGAAAAAUAAAGAUAAAAAACAA